CAUUUGGGGACCUCUCAGCCCUUUUCUCCCUCUCAGCAGCACUGACGGUUCCACCCUUCUGGGCUGCCAAAAUGGCAUUCAAUGGCACAUGGCAGGUCUAUGCCCAAGAGAAGUAUGAAGAAUUCCUGAAAGCGAUUGCCUUGCCAGACGAUAUCAUCAAAGCCGCCAAAGACAUCAAGCCCAUGACUGAAAUCCACCAAACCGGGAAUACCUUCGUCAUCACGUCCAAAACCCCCAACAAGUCUGUCACCAAUUCAUUCACGCUGGGGAAAGAAACCGACAUGACCACCAUGGAUGGCAAGAAAGUCAAGUGCACAGUAACCCUGGUAGAUGGCAAGCUGGUAGCCAAAGCAGACAAGUUUGUCCACACACAGGAAAUAGUAGGCAAUGAAAUGGUAGAGACCAUAACAUCUGGCACCGCAACGUUCACCAGACGAAGCAAGAAAGUUUAGACGUGCAGAAGACAGCCCUGUUUUGUAGUAGAUGUUUUUAUAUUUGGGAAAUAAAGUGUACUGUGUCCAUCGCU